AUGUACCUCUCUCUGCUGUUGAGGCCUUGCACAGCAGAAUUUCGGGCGUCAUUGCCGUUUGACCUGGAAAGCCAAAGACCAAGCCUCAACCUGCAACACACCAGAUCACACAUAUCAACUCAUGAUCCAGACCCAGCAUCCGGGCAAGAUGCACACUUUGAAGCUGGAGACGAGAUCUACAACCGCUUCUCGAAAUGGCGCAAGAUCAGUAUCGUGGCGAUACUCAGCUUUUCCUCCUUCCUGGCACCCAUCUCCUCGACGUCAAUCCUAGCCGCUUCUCCCGAAGUCGUAGCGACUUACAACACUACGGGAAACAUCUUCAACAUCUCCAACGCCUUGUACAUGCUUUUCAUGGGACUCUCACCCUUAGUAUGGGGACCUCUAGGACAGACAUAUGGCCGGAAGUGGACUCUAGCCUGUGCAUCGAUUACAUUUACAGCAUUCAGCAUUGGAUCUGCACUGGCCCCAAACCUUGCAAGCUACUUCGUCUUCCGCUGCCUGACAGCUUUCCAAGGCACAGCCUUCCUCAUCAUCGGCGGCACAGCAAUAGGAGACAUCUACCGACCCGUCGAGCGCGGAACAGCAUAUAGCUGGUUCAUGAGUGGGACACUCAUCGGCCCAGCCUUUGGCCCCUUCAUCGGCGGCAUAAUCGUCACCUUCGUAACCUGGCGCGAAAUCUUCUGGUUACAAACCGCCCUCGCCGGUCUAAGCAGCAUCCUAAUCAUCGCCUUCCUCCCAGAAACAAUCCACCGCAAACGCUCAGACGACCUAAAAAACCUCCCCCGAAAAGCACGCGCCAAGAAACUCUGGACUUGGAUAAAUCCAGCACGCAUCGUCAUCCUCUUCCGCUACCCAAACCUCUUCAUCAUCGCCAUCGCAAGCAGCAGUCUCGUCUGGAACAUGUACUCCCUCCUCACGCCCAUCCGCUACGUCCUGAAUCCACGUUUCCACCUCUCUUCACCCCUCCAAUCAGGCCUCUUCUACAUAGCCCCAGGCUGCGGAUACCUCACCGGAACCUUCUUCGGAGGCCGCUGGGCCGACGCGGUGGUGAAACGCAACAUAAAGAAACGCGGCCAAAGAAUCGCCGAAGACCGCCUCCAUUCUUGUUUACCGGCGAUGGGAAUCGUGAUACCCGCAUGCAUGAUUGUAUAUGGAUGGUCGAUUGAGAAGGAAGUCGGAGGUAUACCUUUACCAGUUAUUGUCAUGUUUCUGCAAGGCGUGGCGCAACUUUUUUGUUUUCCGAGUUUGAAUACUUAUUGUUUGGAUGUGAUGCAGUCGAGGAGUUCGGAGGUUGUGGCGGGGAAUUAUUUUGUUAGGUAUCUUUUUGCUGCGGCGGGUUCGGCGGCUGUGUUGCCGAUUGUUGAGGCGAUUGGGGUGGGUUGGUUUUCGACGAUUUCUGCGCUGUUUGUUUUGGUUGGGGCGUUGGGGACUUGGGCUACUGCUGUUUGGGGAGCGGGAUGGAGGGAGAAGAUUGAUGGGGGAAAGGUGGUGGGUUAA